AUGGCAAUGACCGUCGACAAUCGCCAGCAGCCCCAGCUCAACGGCAUGGGCUACGAUCCUCUGCGUUACCCAUCACCACACUUCACCAACCCAUGGGUGUCAGACCCUGGGGCGAACUCACAACAGUUGUAUCCGACAUCGCUCGCGGCGAAUCCUCAAUCUCAGCAAGUCCAGCGACCCACCAGCAUCGCCAUACCAUAUCAUGGCCUCCCAGUGACUGCGCCUCCCCUAGGAUCAGGUAUUGCUCUCCCGGAUGGAUCUUUUCAAGCAGACAACUUACUCGAUGCAUCGCAAGAUCUUCUAUCGCGGAGCUAUACAGGCGGAUAUGCGUCAUCUACAUCCUCAAACACAAACACGUAUGCACCCACUUCGGCUCCUUACUCUCAAGUAGACUAUGGAAAUAGUACACGCAGCCCCUAUGCAUAUCAGCAGGACACUGCCCGUCGCUCGUCUCAUCCGUCAGUACCCUCAGCAGCGUUCUUUGACAGCGCCAUUGAGACCCAAAGACAACGCCAGAGUUCCCUAGUUGACAUCAGCAGAAUGAAUUCCCAGCCAUCGCAACGCAACAGCUUUAGCGACGCACUCGACGCGAGUCGAGGGAUGGUAUCCUUGAGCCAGGCGGAUAUUACCCCAAGGAAUAUUUAUGGCACCCAAGGAUCCAGUCGGAGCUCGGCCGACUCUUACGGCUUCCCAUCCACUCACUCGGCGCACUCCUCGAUCUCGUCGGCCAGCUACAACCCUUCGUACUAUAAUGGCGCCGAAGGUUCUGUCACAGACUACAGUUCCGCGUCUGAAUCUGUAGACCUUACCCACUCCCGCACACUCCCACGUCCAAGUGCGUUGAUGAGUGGCGCAAGCAUACCCCCGGCGCCGCAGUCCAUGAUGGGCCAAUUUAGCUCAAAGGUCUCAUCAAGUUCGCAGAAGAAGCACAAAUGCAAGAUUUGCGACAAGCGAUUUACUCGGCCGAGUUCGCUACAAACACAUAUGUACAGCCACACUGGAGAGAAGCCAUUCGCUUGUGAAGUUGAGGGCUGUGGACGUCACUUCUCAGUUGUGUCGAACCUGAGGAGGCACCGUAAAGUGCACAAAGGUGAACAUCAGCAUGAUCAUCCUUCGCCAGACGACGCAUGA